GCGUAAAAUUGAAAGAAAAGUAAAAAUUAAACCUAACCUAAAAAAUUUAGCGGAUGGCAUAUUUGUAAAAAAAAAAUGACAUAGCAUGAAAUUGAUGGCUAUCAUGUCAAAAACAACAAAAACAAGAAUGGGCCAUUAAAAACUUUUAUUUAUUUUGAUUUUUAAUAAUGAUUUUAUUGCCCGAGAGGUUUUAUAAAAAUUUCACUUUAUUUAAUAUUUUGCGUUGUUUCAAUAAGUGAACAAACAAGUGAAUUUUUGUUUCUUUAUACUAAAAGUUGCAAAUAUGAAAUAAAUUUAAAAGAAAAAAAAUAAAAAAUCAAAAAAAAAAAAAUAGAAAACAUAAAACGAAUUAUUGUGCUAAAUCCUACAUAGGAGGACCUUUGUCUUAAGUUUGGUUGGUUGAUUUCAAGUUUUAAUUCGAGAUAAACCGAUAGAAACUAUAAAAUAAAAUAUGAUAAUUACAGUAAAAAAUCUUCAACAACAAACUUUUACAAUUGAGUUUGAUCCACAAAAAACGGUCAAACAACUAAAAGAGCAAAUUCAUUCUGAGCGAGGAAGUGAUUAUCCUGUUGAUAAUCAAAAAUUAAUUUAUGCAGGUAUGAUAUUACUUGAUGAAAGAACUGUUGAUUCAUAUAAAAUUGAUGAAAAAAAAUUUGUUGUUGUUAUGGUUAAACAACCAUUUAAAACAUCAACUGACAACACAACUAGUACAACUUGUGCAACAAAUGAAAAAAAUAAAGAUGAAAAAAUAAACAUUACAAAUAUACAACAACAAACAGGAAUUGCAGCUUCAACAACUUCAUCAUCAUCAUCAACUACAAUAACAAUUUUAGAAUCAAAUAAAAAUAAUAGUAAAAAUGAAAAUACAGAAAAAACGACUGAAAGUGGAAACUCCAAUCAGGGAACAGUAGUGAAAGCAUCAGAAACAACAUUAUCAGUAAUAGCAACUGAUAAUUCUGGUACAGCAGCUGCUGCAACAGGUACGACUACAUCAUCUUCUUCGACAACAACUAAUACAAAUAGUGGAGCAAUAGCAACAAGAUUAGCUGCUGAAAGUGCAUUACUUAUGGGUGAAGAAUAUAAUAAUAUGGUUUCAUCAAUAAUGGAAAUGGGUUAUUGUCGGGAAUUAGUUGAACAGGCAUUACGUGCUAGUUUUAAUAAUCCUGAUCGUGCUGUAGAAUAUUUAAUAAGUGGUAUACCAGAAGGUACAUUUGCAGAUAGUGAAUUAGAUGUAAAUUCAAGUAGACAAAGUAGUGGUGGUGGAAGUGGAGGUGGUGGUGGCGUAGGUGACGGUGGCGGCGGGAGUGAUAGUAACAAUACAUCAAGCAUUGAUAGACGUGCAGGUGAUGGAACAGACGAUCCAUUAGGAUUUUUAAGAAAUCAACCACAGUUUCAGCAAAUGCGAACACUUAUACAACAAAAUCCAGAAUUUUUAAAUGCUGUUUUGCAACAGAUUGGUCAAACUAAUCCAGCCUUAUUACAAUUAAUAUCUGAAAAUCAAGAAUCAUUUCUUAAUAUGUUAAAUGAAGCCCAAGAUGAUUUACCACAAGGAAACGAAACUGAAGCUGCUGCAGCUGCUUCAGCAUUGGGUUUAGCUUCAGGCGGUGGUAUAGGUGGAACUGGUAGUGGUGAUCAUCACCAAAGCUCACUAAGUAGUAGUGGUGGUGGUAACGGUAGUGAACAUAAUCGUUCAACUGGUGCAAGUGGUGACGGUGAACAAAUAACAACCGCUAUUGAAAUAACAGCACAAGAUCGGGAAGCAAUAGAAAGACUUAAAGCUCUUGGUUUUGAAGAACACUUAGUAUUGCAAGCAUAUUUUGCCUGCGAUAAAAAUGAAAAUUUAGCAGCAAAUUUCCUUUUAUCUUCUGAUUUUGAUGAUUAAGGGGGAAAUGGGAGGAAGAAUUAAAAAUUUAAAAAUUUAUAAAAUCUUAAAAGAAACAAAAAACAAUAAAUUUGAAAAGAAUAUAAAAAAUUACAAAUAAAAACAAAAAAUAACCUAUAACAGAAUGUAAACAAAAAAUAGAAUAUUUAUGUACAUGAGUAUGUAUCUA